UAUUGGGAAACGGCGAGAUGCAAAAGGCAACCUACUACGACAGCUCUGCAAUUUACAGUGGCUACCCGUAUCAAAGCGCAAAUGGCUUCAGUUAUGAUGCCAAUCAGGUCCAAUAUCCCCGAGCCUCUCAUGUGGAAAGUGAGUACCAUCGACCCGCCUGCUCCUUGCAGUCCCCAGACGGCUCGGUCUCCAUGCAGAAGCCGGGGGAGAUGGCGGAGAGCUGCGAUAGGAGCACUGCCAUCCAGGCGGCGCAGCCACCCGUCCUCACCGAAAACAAUCAACCGCAGGUGUCGGUGUCUGUCCCGCAACCCCCUUCCCAGUCCCCUGGCUCUCUCAACCAGAACACGAGCAACGGCCCCAGUCAACCCAACUCAAAGAGUUCUGUGCAUGGCUCGCCGACCUCCACCACCCGCAAGAACAUAUUCCCAUGGAUGAAGGAGUCCCGUCAGAACCAGAAGCCUAAAAACAGUAGCUCCAGCUCAGUUGAGAGUUGCCCUGGAGACAAGAGUCCUCCGGGAGGGUCAGCAGCGUCGAAGAGAGCCCGGACGGCUUAUACAAGCGCACAACUGGUGGAACUAGAGAAAGAGUUCCACUUUAACCGCUAUCUCUGCAGACCCCGCAGGGUCGAGAUGGCUAACCUGCUCAACCUCACAGAGAGGCAGAUUAAGAUCUGGUUCCAGAACCGCAGGAUGAAGUAUAAAAAGGAUCAGAAAGGGUGUGGCAUGAUGCCGUCUCCCGGGGGACAGUCCCCUCGGAGCCCUCUCGGUCCAUCCCCCGGUGGUGGUGGUGGAGGAUACCUCAACUCUAUGCAUUCUCUGGUUAAUAGUGUCUCUUAUGAGUCCCAAUCGCCAACGUCUUACAAUAAGCCCCCUCAUAAUGCAUAUGGUAUGCCCACGUCAUAUCCCACUUCCUUGAACAGCUCCCUAAACAACUGCCCGCCCUCUCAAAAGAGGUAUCCCGGGACUGGCGGUUCGGCCACGCCCGAGUAUGACGCGCAUCCUCUCCAUAGCAAUGGCAGCUAUGGGACUCACUUACAGCAGGGCAGCCCUGUGUAUGUAGGUGGAAAUUAUAUAGAUUCAAUGCCCAACAAUGGGGCCUCCAUUUUCGGCCUGACUCACCUCUCGCACCCGCCGUCCGCAAACAUGGACUACAAUGGAGCAAUCACUAUGGGCAGUAGUCGCCAUCACGGAGUGUGUGAUCCGAAUCCGACGUAUACAGACCUUACGCCGCAUUACUCUCAGGGAAGAAUUCAGGAAGCGCCCAAACUGACGCAUCUGUAGCCGGGAUGCAGCCCGGAUCACUCCGCCCUAUUGUCUUACCUACAGAACCACCACCGCUUUGUUUCUUCUUUUCUUCAGUAGCCUUUUCACCUUCUCUUAUUUUACGUUUGUUAUUUGAUAUGGUUUAAUGUGUGAAGUAGCAUAGGAAAGUAGACUAAUUCCUCUUGCUUGAAAUGUCUCUAUUCUCUAUAGUGUUAUUGUUCCACACAGUCAUAUUAUCCGAGACGACACGCGCGGGGGCACAUCCACAGACCUAUUUUAUCUUCAACUUGUUUCUUACAAAAAUCAAACAGGGUUUAUGAACAAAUUUAAUAGUAUUCUUUUAAUGUGAAUUUGUUCGUUUUUUAUUUAUCUGCAUUUGAAUAAUGUUUUGCAUUUUGUUGCACUUGUGGAAGGAUCCUUAUAGGAACUGUGAGCAGGGUUUUUUGAGAUACAAGCUUUAAACAAGUAGGGUCUGGAUAUCCAGCCAAAGACCUAACCAGCUUGUGUUGUGUUGGACUUUCAAAAUGUUAUUUAUUUUGUUCUGACGUAAUAUGGAGUUAUUUAGUAUUAUUUGACCCCGCCCCCUCAUGUGCUCUUUGUAUGUGGCAAGGAAGAUUAUUGGAACCACGCCAUCUCUAGUUUUACUCCUUACCUGUAGACCGCAGACAGAAGACUUACAGGUCACUCUGCAACUCACACACUGAUAUGUUGCUGUUUUUUCUUCCUGGUUUUUAUUUUUAUUUCUUUACGAAUGUCAACAAGCAAUCAUGCAAUAAUUUUGAAAGGAAGGAUAGACAUUAUAGACGUUACUUUAUUGAGAAGUCCAGAUAUCACCAAGUUUCUGUUUCAGUGUCAUACAUUCCAUGCUGCUCCAGUUCGAACAAAUAAAUAAAUGAGUUUAAAUAUAAA